CUGUCCGCAGUCUCUGGUCAUCCCUGUGCUGUCCGCAGUCUCUGGUCAUCCCUGUGCUGUCCGCAGUCUCUGGUCAUCCCUGUGCUGUCCGCAGUCUCUGGUCAUCCCUGUGCUGUCCGCAGUCUCUGGUCAUCCCUGUGCUGUCCGCAGUCUCUGUCUCUGGUCAUCCCUGUGCUGUCCGCAGUCUCUGGUCAUCCCUGUGCUGUCCGCAGUCUCUGGUCAUCCCUGUGCUGUCCGCAGUCUCUGGUCAUCCCUGUGCUGUCCGCAGUCUCUGGUCAUCCCUGUACUGUCCGCAGUCUCUGGUCAUCCCCUGUACUGUCUGCAGUCUCUGGUCAUCUCCUGUACUAUGUCCGCAGUCUCUGGUCAUCCCUGUACUGUCCGCAGUCUCUGGUCAUCUCCUGUACUUUCCGCAGUCUCUGGUCAUCCCUGUACUGUCCGCAGUCACUGGUCAUCCCUGUACUGUGUCCGCAGUCUCUGGUCAUCUCCUGUACUGUGUCCGCAGUCUCUGGUCAUCCCUGUACUGUCCGCAGUCUCUGGUCAUCCCUGUACUGUGUCCGCAGUCUCUGGUCAUCCCUG